AUGAGGAGUGGAUUAUUAGGAGGAGACUUCAAUGCUAUUAAACAUCGUAGUGAAAGGAAAGAGAGAAGUUUGUAUGAUAAUGAUAACAAAUUGAAUCUCUUUGCGAACUUUAAAGGGGAUAGUGGUUUGGUGGAUAUCCCUUGCAAAGGAAAGAAAUUCUCUUGGUAUAGUGGUGACGGGAAGCCUAUGAGUCGCAUUGAUCGGUUCAUCGUGUCGGAUACACUAGUGAAUAGGUGGAGUGUCAUCGGUCAAAUGGUAGGAACUAGAGAUAUUUUGGAUCAUUGCCCGAUUUGGCUCGUUUUGAAUGAUAAAAAUUGGGGUCCCAAAAAUUUCAAGUUCAACAAUGAACGGUUCUCUUUCAAAUUGUUUAUUCCGUUUGUGGAGAAUGAAUGGAGAGAGUUUAAAGUGGAAGGAAGAAGAGAUUUUGUUUUGAAAGAAAAACUUAGAUUUCUUAAAGAAAGACUAAAGUGGUUGAACAAGUUAGUGUUUGGAAGGAUAGAGUUGGAAGUGGAGGAAAAUGUGAGGGCUAUCAAUUUUGGCGAUGAGUGUUUGGAAGAAGAGAUUGUUGCUUCUCAUUCCGAUAGCUUAUUUAAUCGGAAGGAGACGACUAGGAAUUUUUGGUUGAAGUUGAGAAUUAAAGAAAAUAUGCUCGCUCAAAAAUCGAAAGUUAAUUGA